GAGGAGAGGGACUCUUCAGAAGGACUUUGGUGAGGAAGGACCAAUACCUGUGAGCAUCGAAAAUGCCGGUCAUAAAUGUGGAGGAUCUGACGGACAAGGACAAGGCUUUGAUGGAAGUGAACCAACUGAAAACUGAAGUCAAGCUCGAGAGGUGGUUGACGUCUAAAUGCUGCGAGGAGAUCAAGGAAUACAUUCAGGCCAGAGUGGAGGAGGACACCCUCGUCAAAGGCAUUUCAGAGGAGAAGAACCCCUUCAAGGAGAAAGGAGGCUGUGUCAUCUGCUAAAAUGGAUCUGAGGAGCUUUUUCAUGUCCCAGAUUAGCACACAAGGACAUUCUCCCCUCCCCUCGCAAAAUGAAUUUGCAUGUCGAAAAGACUAGAAGAAAAACAAGAAAGAAAGACUUUGUAAAACACGAGCUCCUGUGUAAAUAAAUCCCUAUGUAAGAUGGAUUUGUAGCCUUAUAACUGUAUUCAUUGAAAAGAUACAGUAUGUGUGGCGUUAUAAUCUGAGUAAAUGGGUCUAAAAUAUGUUGUCAUUACUUUGGGCCUGCUAGAAAAGUUACAGGAACAUAUCCUUUUAACAGAAUUUGCAUAUAUUUAGCUUCCCCAACUUUUUGUUGUGAUAUAAUCACUAUUUUGUAGCAUAAACCACAGGUAAUAUUAAACUUUUAAAAAUGA